AUGAAUCCCGAGAGCCACGCGAUGCUGCUGCUGAAGAAGCAGCUCAAGGAGCUGACGAAGAACCCCGUGGACGGCUUCUCUGCGGGGCUGGUGGACGAGUGCAACAUCUUCGAGUGGCGCGUCAGCGUCAUGGGGCCGCCCGAGACGCUGUAUGAGGGUGGUUUCUUCAAUUGCAUCUUGAGCUUCCCCAAGGACUACCCAAACUCUCCACCUCAAGCUCGGUUCACAUCAGAUAUGUGGCACCCAAACGUGUACAAGGAUGGGCGGGUGUGCAUUUCGAUACUGCACAACCCUGGGGAGGAUCCAACUGGAUACGAAGAUGCCAGCGAGCGUUGGUCCCCAGUUCAUACCGUGGAGACGAUCAUGAUCUCAAUUAUAUCGAUGCUGUCCUCGCCGAACGACGAGUCGGCUGCAAACAUCGACGCCGCAAAGGACUGGCGUGACAAUCGCGAGGAGUUCAAGCGCAAGGUUGCAAGGACUGUGAGAAAGUCGCAGGAGGAGCUGUGA